AUGCGCUCCUCAACCCGCCUGAUUCUCCUCACCACACCCCCCCCCAUCCUAACCUACACCACCCAUCGCUACCUCUCCACCCUCGAAGCCAAAUAUCCCCCCAUCGACCCAACCACCACCACAAGCCUCGCUCUCCGCACCCCCAGCAAUCUAACAACCCAACACUGUCCCGAAGUCGACGUCUACGAAGCCAGACACAUACCCGUGAAAUCGCUACUAAAGCGAUACUCUACUCUUCUCCAAUCUCAGCACACCGAAACCCAUGACUUUAAGAAUUCGAAUAAAGCAACCCUAACAAACGCCUGGAUCCUCACCUUCCUCAACACCCGUCCGUUGAUAGUCGAAGGCAGCAUCAUCGGCUUAAUCAAAAACAAAUCCUACAACCCGGGGGAUACGGGCCUCACUGACCCGGAGUUCAUCACUGCACCCACGAACACAUCUACAUACAUUUCCAGAUUCGCAUCCAUCUUCACCACCCCGAAACCCCAAGGUUCAGACCACACAAUAGAAAGAGCAAAAGGAGGGGGCCGCCCCCUCCUGAAUUCUGCCCUCACAGUCCAAGCAUCCUCCCCCACAACAGGCCUCCUCGUAUCAUGGCACAUGCCCGAUGAACCGCGCCUCUUCUUCGAGAAAAUAGCCCGCUGGGGAUACCCGUGGCGACUGAUGAGCGGGGGCCGACACGAGAUCAACAUCUCGGAGGUGUAUAUGUACCAGGGGGAGGAAGUAGUAGAUGUACGGUUCGCGUCAGCGCAUGAUUAUGAGGUAGUGGGUGAUGAAGAACAGAAGCAGAAGAUUGUUCCUGCUUGGGUGGGCAGGUUGCAUCGCGGGUAUGCGAGGGCGUUGGUGGAUUGGGCUGUGAGGGAUUUGGCCGAGGCUUGA